UACACCAGCAGAAAUGUAAUCGUACAGUCACUUUCAUUUGGGCAGGUUUUAUUUUUCCAAUAUUCAGAGGCGACUGUGUCCGCCAGAUUGGUCCGGUGGAUUAACGAUUGCGUGGAAUUCUUGUGGCGAUUAACAGAAGUUCAUAUAUCAAGCAUAGUAUUUAUUAUUGUAGCUGUAUUUAUUGCAAAAAAUCUAUGUGCCCUUUAUGUACCGCUGGCAUUGCUGCUCAGUUUGGCUUUGCUGCUACCAUCAGCCCUUACCGGUGUUUUCAGUGUAAUAAUGUGCUCAUUUUUAUGUGUUGUUGGAGCUCUGAAUAUGAUCUAUCAGGUAACUGGUUUGGUUGUUGCGAUCAUCGCCCUCGCACUUCAGUCCGUGGUCAUAUAUAGGCAACGGCACCAUCGUCGAGUUCAUGGAUUGCCAGACGCUUCAGGUCGCGUUUUCCCUUCAUUCCAAAUUGAGGAAUUUGACCGGAGUAUGGUGGACAUGCUUAAGUUCUUGGUUGACUUCGGGUUUUACAAGUUUGGAUUUGAGAUAAGCGUUAUUGUGAUGGGCAUAAAUGCAUGGAUUAGAAUGGAUAUGUUGGGUGCUGUGAUGUGCAUAUGGAUUGGAAUAUUUGUGUUGAAUAAAAGAUCUGUUUGCCGGAAACUCUGGUACAUUUUUGUAAUUUACUUGGCCAUACUGUUUCCUAUGCAAUACAUCAUAUACGUUGGAUUACCGGAGGAUACCUGCAUACCCUAUCCAUGGGAUCAUUUGUUUGGUGAGCCGAGUAGUUUGACGAAAAACGUGAACUUUGACAUCUGGUUCGGCUUAUCCAAUUAUGCUAUUAAUUGGCCAGCAGAAAACCUUAUCGCAGACUUUAUACUGCUUUUGGUUGCCUCCGCUCAGCUUACUGUAUUCCGCUGUGAAGGCACCGCCAAUGACAGUAUCUUUGUCAAUGAUGACUACGAUUUGAAGCCAAAUAACCCUCGUUACGAUUUCAUUGCUACCCAGAGGAGUUUUGUCGACUUUAUAAAAAUCGGCAUAUUCCAUUAUGGUCACUGGAUAACGUUGAUUAUGGUGUUGAUUGCUGGUAUUGGUGGAACAUCACUGUUCGCUCUGGGAUACAUCAUGAUCACCUUCUGGAUUCUGUGGCAAGGAAACAACUUGUACGUGAUGAAUCCCUAUACAAAUAACUUCAAAAGCACGUUAGCAAAAUGGAAAACUUUGAUCUCAUACACUGUAUUCACAAUGUUUUGCAAAGUGGCAUUACAGCUUGUUGGAUGCGUGUUUCUGGAGUGGUUCUAUGAUAAAAGUGAUAUUCAUGAAUCGAUGAGGUGUACUAUCCGGCAGUUGUUCAGUAUUAUCUGUGUGAACUCAGUUGUACAAGCCCGUAAAACGGACUUGGAUCGUAUGUGUACGGUAAUUCCACAAGAAGCCCAAAUUGGUUUCGAUGCGAUUGCUUUGGGAUUCCUCGUGUUCCAACUUCGUAUCUUCCAUUCGUGGUUCUUCCAACACUGUAUGGUAGAGUAUCGAUCGGAAAUAAUCCUAGCGAAUAGAGGAGCAGUGCUGAAGAACCAGCUAAUUGAGAAAGAAAUGAAAGAGCAGAAUGAGCAACAAAAAGCGAAGUUUGAUGAAAUUCGUCAGAGGACAGAAGUCAUUCGAGAAAGGUAUAAAAAACAAAUGGAAAAAGGAGAUAUCAUCUGUGAACCUCAGACUUAUGCUCAUGCAAAACGGGCCGGUGACUACUACAUGUUCGACUAUGAUCCGGCAACUGACGAACUGGUGAAACCGGUCGAGAGUUUUGUGCCAGAAGUGACACCCGGUGCCACGAAGUUCGAAAAACUCGAUCCGGGACAGUUGGUAUAUGCAGCGACUGCACAUCAGCUCGAUCUGGCCAAGACAUUAGAUCAAGUCAAAGAAGCGGAGAAGAUUAGCGGAAGUGAAGAACGGAUGAUCGAAGCGAUGCAGAAAGAUUCCAAAAUCGUAUCGUUGUUCAAAUUCCUUCUCAAAAUGACUACGAAUGGUAUCGAUAUGCUGUGCAGCUAUUUGAACCGCUUGUCAAGAGAACAUCGUUAUGUGGCGUACGUACUGAGCAAGGAAAAGGAGAAGCUCAAAGAAGGAUACAGCGAGUCACUAUCGGAUACCUCAGUACGUCUAACUGAUCUUCGUCACCGGAUGAAUAUGACCGAUCUGUUACUGGUACAAAGUGAAGGAGACAUUCAGCGAAUGGAAUCAGCAGCGUUAAGUGACUGGCAGCAGCGAUCUGUAAUGGCUCGGCUCAUGAACGCCCUGAGCAGCUGUGUGGCAGCGAAUACUGAUCUCCUCUGCUACAUCCUCGCCGUACUUGCCCACGCCAGUGGAGGAGGUCUCAUCACGUUACCCUUGCCACUAAUGGUGUUCCUCUGGGGUACGCUAUCGAAUCCACGGCCGAGCAAGUUUUUCUGGGUUGCAAUGAUUGCGUACACGGAGUUUGUGAUUGUGACAAAGUUCAUUUGCCAGUUCACCAUUUUCGAGUUCAACAGCGUUUCAACACAGUCGAAACAGGUGUUGGGUGUACAACGGCAGUCGAAUUUCGCAGCCUUUGACGUGCCAUUAUUGUUCGCCCUCUUCUUCCACAGAUAUAUGCUGAGAAAGUUGGGACUCUGGAAGGUAUGCAGGCAUCCAGAGUUUUCUCUUUUUUUUGCUUUUCGCUUCGUUACCCUUUCCCCAAAACAUGCCUUUGAGAAUUCUUUGGUAUCCUUCUGUUCAGAUGUGAACAGACUUGAAGCUGGUGCUGAUAUAAGUCCCUUGGCAGCGGGUCGUAAUGAUCCGGAUGCUGGAAAGAAUCCUAUUGCUCGGUUCAUUUCGCAACUUUUCAAGCCAAAAUUCCGCUAUAUUAGGGAUCUCUAUCCGAUCAUGUUUGGAUUGGAUGUCGUAGCAUUCCUGAUCGUCGCCUUCGGCUACUCAUCUUUUGGUGAAGGUGGAUCAGGAAAUGUCAUCGGUGAUAUCCAGGCUAGUCGAAUUCCACUGACGUUCGUAGUAAUGCUGAUCGUCAUGACUUUGCUGAUUGUCAUCGACCGUGGUCUGUAUCUUCGCAAAUGGGUCUAUGGAAAACUCGCAUACCAACUAGUUAUGAUCGUAUUCCUUCACAUUUGGAUCUUCUUCCUGUUACCAUACUUGACUCGACGGUGA